AUGGCCGCUCCGGCAAACCUGUCAACUCCAACUCCAAUGUUGGUAACAGCGGCGGCCAAUUGGCCAACAGUUGGAAUAGUUCAAAUCCACCGGAACGCGCUUACAUGGAACUUUACAGACAUCAUUAUAGACAACUCGGACUUUCCCUUGGCCAACUUCGACUCGACAUUCGGCUCCUCACUCGACAAGGCUGCCAAUAAAAUACCCCAUGCCUCGGCGACCACUGUGAUACCGGGACCAGAAGAUGCAGUCGACGGUAUCGAGACUUCAGACGCUCUAGGCAAACUCUCCAAGAUCAACCUCGAAUUGCACGUUCGCGUCGCGGCAGCCGAAAUGAACAAAACGAUCCUAGACUUCAAUAGCCUUAUCUACCAAAAUAGCCCCUUGUGUAUCGACAACUAUACGCUAGCUGUGUUCACACUCAAGGCAUCCCAAGAGUUUGUGCAGAUCCUGACGCGGCUCCUUAACAGCCGGCAAUGUCAUGGGAUACCGUCUACCUCGCAGAAGCCAGUAAGCCUCUACCCGGAGCCGAUACUGCUGCCUUUGCAAUCCCACCAGGAUAAUGUCCUCGAUUCUACCUCGGCCACUUCUCCACCCUUCUUCUCCGCAGUAUUGCAGCCGUUGUUAGCUCCGCUCGCUUUGACCAUCAUAAGCAUCUUCACGCAACUCAUUACGGUCUACGGCUUAUUUCUUGAGCACCUAUCUACGCGUAUCGAGCGACUCUCCACCGAUCCAAUCACCCCUAUCCCGGGUAUAAUAUUUGGAGGGGUGCCACUAGAGACCCCUUGUAUGCAGGGAAUGCUAUUCUUCAACGGCGUUAUUCAUCUCUUAGAAACAAUGGAGCAGGCUCUAGGCAUCAGCGAGCGUGAAGGUGGCACAGUAGGCUUGCUAUCGGAUAGGCAGGUCGAGGUACUGUGGAGUGAGCUAGACGGGGGACUUAUUAUCACACCUGAUGGUGGCACCAUGAGGCCCGCCGACGUGAAGAAACUGCUUGGGAGAAUGGCCAUGAUACUUAAUCACUUUUCUUUGGUAGAUCAACAGCGCCAAUUUCAAGAAGUUGGACACGGCCUGUGA